AUGGGGCCCCCUACUGACCCCGGGCCCUCUGGCAGUGCCCGAGUUUCCAAAUGGUCAGUCCGCCCCCUGCACAAGCAGUUACAGCAACAGCAUGUGAUCUCCAGCUAUUCCACACAGGAGAGUGGCUCUGCCCUGCUUGCCAAAGGGACAUGUACACUGAUCAUCAGGGCACUGAUGAUCAGUGUGCCCUGAUGAUCAGUGUAGCCCCAGCAGUGCCACCUGUCAGUGUACAUCAGUGCCUUAUGUCAGUGCUCAUCAGUGCCACAUCAGUGCCUACCAGUGCACAGCAAUGCCACAUAUCAGUGCCCAUCUGAGCUGCUUUUCAAUGUCACCCAUCAGUGCCAGUAAGUGCCACCUAUCAAUGCCAAUCAGUGCCACCUAUCAGUGCCAGUCAGUGCCGCCUAUCAGUGCCAGUCAGUGCUGCCUAACAGUGCCAGUCAGUGCCACCUAUCAGUGCUGCCUAUCAGUGCUCAUCAGUGAUGCCUGUCAAUGCCCAUCAGUGCCACCUACCAGUGCCUUCUCAUCAGUGCCCAUCAGUGCCACCUAUCAGUGUCCAUCAGUGCAGCCUAUCAGUGCCCAUCACUGUAGCCUCAUUAGCGCACAUCAAUGAAGGAGAAAAAAUAACUUAUUUACAAAAUUUUAUAACAAAAACCAAGAAAAAACAUUUUUUUUUUUCAAAAUUUUCAGUGGUUUUUGGUUUAAGAAAAAAUAA